UGUGUGUGUGUACACGAGUGCGUACUUGCGCCUGGCAGGGAUAGACAGAGAAAGAGAGAGAGAGAGAGAGAGCAAAGGACGACGCCUCCUCACCUGUUGACUGUGUGUCUCUCGCGCGUGUAUCUCUUUCUCCGCUGCUGCUGCUGUUUUGCACAGUGCCGCUGCUCAACGCUGGCGCUCAGUACUCGACAGCCCGGUAGUAGCUUAUAGUGCGCUAUAUUAUACGUAUAUAGGAGAGCAACAACCCGCGCGACACAUACGAUACACAGUAAUCUAGUGGUGCUCUCGUAUCUCAGCAACUCGAGAAGUGCAGCAACGCCAACGAAUAUUUUUUGCCACUGCCCAGACUCCGAUAGUCAGUCACCCGCGCCUCGAUUGUGUCUCUGUGUGUGUGUGUGUGUGUGUGUGUGUGACGUGUGUGCGCGUAACGAUUCCAUAACAGUGACACAGUGUGCUUUAUCGCAUAUCACGCCGUCGUCCGUAAUCAAAGUGCCACCGAUCUGUUUUCCAGUUGUAUACGCGUGUGCAAGAGCAUCGACGAAAGUGUCGUCGUUGCCAAGAAGAGCGAUCGAAUUAUUGUUGCUCGAUUUUGUUAUUUUGUCGUUGACUCGUGUGCGCGAGAUUGUCGUGUAUCAUUAUCGUGAUAUCAUAUAGUGUUUCCAAGUGCGGGGACACACUGCCAUGAAGAGGACAAGUCUACGCUACUGAUACUUACGAUUCGUUCGUGCGAAAAUCUCGACGUCUCGUCGAGGAACGAGAAACGACGACGAGAGCCUGCACAAUUAGGGGGAGGCAACGGUUGGCUGAAUGAUUGAACUGCAGCGCCUGAUUAACCUGUUCGCGUUGCCUGCAUUGCUCAAUAAGGAGGAGACAGCCAGCAGUACGGUGGUAGCCGAGGCGUUGCGAGCGGGAGCCGGGGGCCCAGGCGGCGGGUGCCGCGCCAGCCCGAUGACGAUGGCCGAGAGCGCGCUCGAGGACGACGCCGCCGCGGGUCCAGCAGCACCGCCGCCCGCGGCCGGCCCGGCCAAGCCGCCGCCGCCCUCCUGCACCAACAACAACACCCUGGCGGCGACGGCCAAUCGCAACCAUCGUCACUCGUCGCCGCUCAACAGCAGCGGCAACAGCAAUCAUCGCAAUUCGUCGAGCUCGUCGCAGACGCUACAGCCGGCCCGCAAGCGUAAGCGCCUCAGCCAGGUGCUGGACAUUCUGCAGCAGCACAACAGGGGCGGUGGCGGCGGCUGCUCGCCCAAGGGACAGACGGCCCUGCCCUCGGAGGGCGAGGACGAGGACGUGUUCAGCUCGCCGAGAUCGAGCCCCCGCGAGGGUAGCGUCGACGUCAAGCCGAGCUUUCAGCAUCCCUAUCAUCAGCAUCAUCAUCAUCAUCAUCAUCAUCCCCACCAUCAGCAGCAGCAGCAGCAGCAGCAGCAUCACUUUGGCAGUCGCAACGUGUACCCCGGCUGCAGUUGCACCAACUGCUCGACGUCGUCGCCCCUGAUGAUGCCGUCGCCCACGUCGCCGCUGACCCCCCUGACGCCCCUCACGCCCCACGGCUUUCCCCCGCUCGCGCCCAUAUCCCCGUCGUCGUUCAACUUCGAGCACUACAUGCACAGCAAGUACCUGCAGAAUCUCCAGAGCAGCGGCAAGCGCAGCCACUCGGACUCGGACGAGCCGCCGAGCAGUUGGUCGCCCUCGGAGUCCCUUCAGCAGCAGCAGCAGCAGCAACAGCAUCAGCUUCAGCAACAGAAACGACGGGACGAGCGUCCACCGCCGACGUCCUCGGCCAACUCGGUGCCGCGCAGCAACUCGCUCGAGUCCGACACGACGACCAACAGCAGCAGUCCCCAGGAGUCGCCCCUCGAUCUGUCGAUGAAGAGUCUGCUGGCGGCGGCGAUGGCCAGGCCACCGGCGCUCCAGCUGCUGCAACCGGGCCUCAUGUCGCGCGGCUCCCUCAGCGUCCCCGUGGUCCGGGGCGACGUCGCCUCGCCCACCACCAAGGAGAGCGUCGCCGUCAGGUACAACCUCGAGGUGUCGCCCGUCGUCGAGGAGAUGCCCCCGGGCACCGACGUCGCCUACGUCUGCCCGGUCUGCGGCCAGAUGUUCAGUCUGCACGAUCGCCUGGCCAAGCACAUGGCCUCGCGGCAUCGCCGACAGAACGCCCAGGACAGCCAGGCCAAGGCCUACCUCUGCAACGUGUGCAAUCGCAGCUUCGCCCGCAGCGACAUGCUCACGCGACACAUGCGCCUGCACACCGGGGUCAAGCCCUACACCUGCCGGACCUGCGGCCAAGUCUUCAGCAGGUCCGACCACUUGAGCACCCAUCAGCGCACCCACACCGGCGAGAAGCCCUACAAGUGUCCCCAGUGCGUCUACGCGGCCUGUCGCAGGGACAUGAUCACCAGGCACAUGAGGACCCACUCGAGGGACGGGGUCAAGGGCACGUCGACCUCGUCGUCCGCCGGGGCGAGCCCGGCAGCGACGGCGGAACCCAAGCAGGAGCUGCCCGAGGCCCCGAGCCCGCCCAGGUUCGAGUCGAGCUCGCCCGGCUACGAGGCCGCCUCCAAUCACUCCGCGGCCAGCAGCUUCGAGACCAAAUUGCACCACAAGCAGAUCAAGACGGAAUGACGCCGCCUGACCAACAUGUUGGCCGGAUGAUACUUCCGCGAGCGAGCCAGAUCGCUCUGGCCCUAAUGGUAUAUAAAUUGUUGCAGAGCUUUACGAAAACACACACAUACACACACAGUGAUCGUUGCCCGAGUCAAACUCGAGGCCUCGACGACAUUAAAAUGUUCAUUAUCUGGUCAAGGCGGCGACGAGUCGCAAAUAAACGAAAUACGAAAUCUACGAGAUCGUCGGAUGCGCGCGAAAAAAACACGGCGAGUAGGAGAAAUGAAAAAAAAAAAAUAUCGAACAAAGUCACAUCCAUCUCGGGGAAAACUGUUUUGGUGUGCUGUGUAGGCUGAAAGCAGGAUUGAUUCUCUCUGCGUUGCUUCCGUACCGGAUCACGAGAGCUUCUUCAAGAUAGCAAAAAAAAA